AUGGCCGUCGUGUGGACUCCACUCGAAUCGAAUCCAACUGUCAUCAAUCCGAUGAUCGAAAAAAUGGGAGUGAGUGGCGUCAAGACGGUCGAUGUACUGUUCUUCGAAGACGAUUCUAUCGGACAACCGCAGCAUGCCGUCAUUCUUUGCUUCCCGGAGUAUAAGAAGGUCGACGAAAUCAUGAAACCGAUCUACGAGCAAGCCAAGGCUGCGGAUGAUUCCGUGUUUUUCAUGAAACAGAAAAUCUCCAACGCAUGCGGAACAUUUGCUCUCUUCCACUCGCUUGCCAAUCUAGAAGACCGCAUCAACCUGGGUGAUGGAGCUUUCGCUAAAUGGCUCGCAGAGGCCAAGAAGGUUGGCGUGGAUGAGCGUUCGGAUCUUCUUGCAAACAAUGCCGAGCUGACUGCAAUCCACGCUGCUGCUGCCACUGCUGGACAAACUGAUCCAAGCGGAGAGGUUGAGCAUCAUUUUAUCUGCUACGUUGGAAAGAACGGAAUCCUUUAUGAAAUCGACUCUCGUCUUCAAUUCGCUCGGGAGAUCGGCCCAACCUCGGAGGCAACUCUCGUGAAGGAUGCCGGGGCGGCGUGCCAGCAUCUCAUCCAAAAGCUCGACAACGUCAGCUUUUCUGCUAUUGCUCUUGUCAACCAGUAG